AUGGCUGUGCUCCGAUGUGUGAGUAGCAGCAGCAGCAGCAGCAGCAGCAGCAGCAGCAGCAUGAUGCAGGCAGAGCAUGCAGCAGCGCGGCGGCUGGAGCUGCUGCAGCAGCUGCCUGCUGCCUUGCUGCAGCAAGUGCAGCAGCAGCUGCAGCAGGACCCGCUGCUGUUUAAAGUGCUGCAGCGGCGCGGCAGCGACGAGUUUCUGGGCGAGCGGUUUGCUGUCCAUGGCCACCAGGUGCAGCAGCAGCAGCAGCAGCAGCUGCAGCAGCCGCUGCAGCAGCAGCAGCAGCAGCAGCAGCAAGUGGCAAUGGACCUCGUAUGGUACAGCAGGCGAGGCUGCAUGCGGCUCUGCAUCCCAAGGGCCCCAGAUUUGCUGCAGCAAGUAAUGGAGCACUUCACUGCUUCCUACGUGCAGCAGCAGCAGCAGCAGCAGCAGCAGCAGCAGCAGCGGAGGCAUCAGACGCAGCAGCAGCCCAAGUACCAGCAGCAGCGGCACAGCCGCAGCAAAUGCAGCCGAGACCUACUGCCGCACAAACAGGGCGCAACACGAGCUGCUGCUGCUGCUGCUGCUGCUGCUGCUGCUGCUGCUGGUCCUGCAUGCAGCCGCAGCAGCAGCACGGGCUGCUGCUGCGGCUGCGGCUGCCUGAGCCCCAGCUGCCCCUUCCCAGAGCUGCAUCGGGAGCAGCAGCAGCAAGCGCACCGCAGAGGCAGCAGCAGCAGCAGCAGCAGCAAACAGACACUUGACGAGCUUUGCUGCAGCAACUUGUGCGCCUCUUUGCUGCUGCAGCAGCUCGCAGCUUGCUGCUACUGGCCCAACAUGAGAGAUGACUUCGAACGCUUCUUGCGGCAGCGCAAGGCCAACAGCAGCAGCAGCAGCAGCAGCAGCAGCAGCAGCAGCAGCAGCAGCACGAGUACCUGCUGCAGCCCAAGCAGGUGGAAGCAGCCGGCAGCCGCUUCGGUCAGCAAAGCAGCAGCAACAGCAGCAGCAGCAGCAGCAGCAGCAGCAAAGAAUGACAGCUGCAGCGGCAGGACAAGUACCCACAAAAAAGUGCCUGCAGCAGCAGCAGCGGCAGCAGCACAGCCUGCCCCUGCUGCCGCUGCUGCUGCUGCUGCUCAUGGCGUCAUUUCUUGCAGACACGACGUCCUCAAUAAGGGUUUGCUGCUGCAGCCAGCAGCAGCAGCAGCAGCAGCAGCAGCAGCAGACUGCGGCUUGCUGUCAUCUCCGCGGGGAGAAUUGGAGGAGCCGCCGCAGCAACAGCAGCAAACGCCGUCAAGCAGCAGCAGCAGCAGCAGCAGCAGCAGCAGCAGCAGCAGCGACGACUGGGUCUCCAUGCAGGUCUGGGUGCGCCGCAGCACUGCUGAGCUGCUGCAUGCGCUGCCUUCUGCUGCUGCUGUUGCUGCAGUGCCGCUGCUGCCGCUGAAGCUGGACGGGGAGCUGCUGCUGCUGGAUGCCAACAAAGCAGCAGCAGCAGCAGCAGCUGCUGCUGCUGCAACAGAAACGGCGGAGCAGCACAGAGCCGCUUGGAGGCGCAUGGAGGUCCAUCUUGCUGCUGCUGCUGCUGAGGUGACCCUUGCUGCUGCAGUCGUGAAUGAUGCAGCAGCAGCAGCUGCUGCUGCUGCACGAGUUCCAGCAGCAGCAGCAGCAGCAGCAACUCCAGACGCAGCAGUGUCCUCACCCUGUGCUGCUGCUACUGCGAGAUCAGCAGCAGCGGAAGCCCAGGAGCAGCUGCAGUGGGCUGCUGAAGCUGCUGCUGCUGCCGCUGCUGCUGCUGCUGCUGCACUGCAGCAGCCGCCACCUGGCUUUGAAGAGGCGUGGGAAGGAGCAGCAGCAGCUUCUCCCUACCACUGGCUUCCUUCAGACCCGCUGCUGCCAGCAGCAGCAGCAGCUGCAGCAGCAGCAAGACCAGCAGCAGCAGCAGCAGCACCGCGGGGAAAGCAGGCAAGACGGGCCAGCAUCCUUCAAGACGAGGAGCCCUUGCUGCAGUGCCCCGAGCAGCAGCAGCAGCAGCAGCAGCAGCAGCAGCAUACGGAGCAGCGCGUGGGCAACCUGCUGCAGCAAGAGCUAUACGACUUGCUGCAUCAGCAGCAAAAUCAGCAGCAGCAGCAGCAGCAGCAGCAGCAAGUUUGGGGCUUGCCCAGUGCAGCUGAGACGUUGCCCUUGCUGCUGCUUGAGCCACCGGCUUCUCAUUUUGCUGCUGCUAUUGCUCCCAGCAGCAGCAGCAGCAGCAGCAGCAGCAGCAGCAGCUUGCUGCCAUGGGGCAGCAGCACACAGGAAGACUACCAGCUGCCUCUCUCUUUGCUGCCGCCCGCAGAAACGGCCCAGCCGCUGCCGCAGCAGCUGCUGCAGAGGGCCCCCUGUGCUGCUGCAGUUGCUGCUGCUGCUGCUGCUGCUGCUUCUAGCCACGCCAGCGCUGCCAGCAGCAACAACAGCAGCCGCGAAAGCUCUGCGCCUUCCUUCAUCAUAGACACUGCGCUGCAGCAGCAGCAGCAGCAGCAGCAGCAGCAGCAGGACUUUGAAGAAUCGGAUGCGAUUCAGCAGCAAUACGGAAUCCACGUCUACUCAGCCGCAGCAACAGCAGCAGCAGCAGCAGCAGCAGCGUCGAAUCUGGUCCGCAAACAGCAGCUGCAGCAGCUGCCACAGCAGCAACAGCAGCAGCAGCAGCAGCAGCAGCAGCAGCUCGUCGACCCGUGGCGGCGCCGCCGCUCGCUGCUGGCCUUUGCCUUCAACUUUGCUGCUGCAGCAGCAGACAUGAUGGCAGUGUCUUGCUGCCUCUGGCUGGGGUGUAUGUACACCCGAGCUGAUGCAGUGUGUCUUGUCUUUCCCCUAAAGUUGCAAACUGUAAGGAGCUUGCUGCUGCUGCUGCUGUUGCUGCUGCUCCUGUUGCUGCUGCUGUUGCUGCUGCUGCUGCUGCUGGCCCACUUCAUGCUGCUGCAAAUGGUGCAGCUACCUGCUUUGCUUCCUGCGCAGCUUUUGCUCUUACCACCAUUGGCGUUGCUGCUGCUGCUGGUCAUGCUGCUGCUGCUGCUGCUGCUGCUGCUGCUGAACCGACUGCUGCUGCUGCUGCUGCUGCUGCAGGACCAGAGCCCGACAUGCGUUGUCAGACUGUGCGAGCCUGCUGACAUUCCGCGGCUGUAUGCCUUCGUUUGCUGCUGGCUGCAGCAGCUGCAGCAGCAGCUGCUGCUGCUGCCUCAUCAGCAGCAGCAGCAGCAGCCAGAACAGGAGCAGCAAAAGCACUUGUGGCAGCCGCUGCCUGCAGCUGAAGAAGGCAGCACUUCCCCCUUUUCUUUAUGCUUGACCCCCAAGACAAAGGCUGCAGCAGCAGCAGCAGCAGCAGCAGCAACAGGGCCAGCAGCAGCGGCAGCAGCCCCUUUAAGGGAACCGAAGGCAGCAGCAGCAGCAGCAGCAGCAGCAGCAGCUCUGCUGACAACCGAGCGGCUAUCUCCGCUCGUGUGGCUUGCGCCGUUGCUGCAGAAAAUUGAAGCAGCAGCAGCAGCAGCAGCAACAGCAGCAGCAGAGCAGCAGCAGCCGAAGCUGCUGUAUCUGCUGCUGGAUUUGCUGCCGCCCCUUAGAAAGAGCAUUGCGGUGCUGCAGCGAGUGACUCCAAAGGAAGCUGCUGGCUACCGCAGCAGCAGCAGCAGCAGCAGCAGCAGCAGCAGCAGCAGCAGCGGGAAGUCUCCCUUUUGGGUGUUUGUGGGGCCGACUCAUGGGCUAUCAGAAGCUGCUGCAGUGCUGCGGCCCUCCGUGUGCAGCAGCUGCAGCAGCAAGGGCAGCAGCAGCUGCUGCUGCGGAGCAGCAGACAUAGAGCUUGCCUUAGACGUUGUUCUAGGCUCUUUGAAGUUUGCAUGCGUUGCUGCUGCUGCUGCUGGCAGCAGAAACGUUGCCCUGGCCAUCACAGACGCAGUUGCUGCCCCAGCAGCAGCAGCAGCAGCAGCGCCCGCUGCUGCUGCUGCUGCUGCUGCUGCUGCAGCGGAAACGCCCCUGCCACCGGCAGCUGGGGUGCCAGCAGCAGCACCACCAGCAGCACCACCAGAAGCAGCAGCAGCAGCAGCAGCAGCAGCAGCAGCAGCAGCAAACCCUUAUUGGGGCCCGAAGGUUUUGGGAAAACGACUUUCUCCUCCUGUGUCCAGCAGAGCUUCAAGGCUGGCGGUGGCGCUGCUGUGUUACCGUGCUGCAGUGCGAGUUGCUGCUGCUGCUGCUGCAGCAGAUGCUGCUGACGCAAGAGCAGCAGCAGCAAGGGCAGCAGCUGAAGAAGCAGAAGACAGACUGUGUCAGUGCAGGGGGGCUGUGCAGCGUCUGCACAGAAGAGAAGUGGCAGCAGCAGCAGCAGCAGCUGCUGCUGCUGCUGAAACAGCCGCAGCAACUGCAACAGGAGCACCCGCUAGGACAGCAGCUGCAGCAGCAACAGCUGCGCUGCUGCAGCAGCAAGAUGCUGCAGCACAGCGACUUCUCGUGCGGCGCUUUCUGCUGCGUGCUGUUCUGGCCCUGCGUAGUUGCUGCAGUGCGCCGCCUACGUUUGAACAGCUGCAGCAGCAGCAGCUGCUGCUGCUGCAGCAGCAGCAGCAGCAGCAGCAGAAGCAACGAGAGGUCUGCUCGGGGUUACCCGCAAAUGAAGCUUCUCAAACUGCAGCCCUUGCUCCUGCUGCUGCAGCGGCUACAGCCGCUGCUGCUGCUGCUGCUCCCGGGCCAGCGCCACCAGGGCAGCUGCUGAUGGAAGGUCUUCGCUACGUAGCAGCAAGCCGCAGCAGCAGCAGCAACAGUAGCAGCGCUGCUGCUGCUGCUGCUGCUGCUGCGUGGGAACAUCAGCGGCUGCUGCUGCUGCGCCGCCUGCAAGGAAAGCUGCUGCGGUGUCACAUGAGCCUCGCCCAGCUGCAUCUUUCUCGGCUGCGUGUCGACGCAGCAGCAGCAGCAGCAACAGCAGCAGCAGCAGCAGCAGGCUCUUUUGAUGCAGAAGCCCAGCGAAACACUGACCCCAGCAGCAGCAGCAGCAGCAGCAGCAGCAGCAGUGUGCUUUUAUCUGAGUUAGAAGGCGCCGGAAGGGGCCUCCGUCACCUGCUGCUGGCGUCUUGCUUCAUACGGCCUUGCGAGGGCAGCAGCAAGAGCAGCAGCAGCAGCAGCAGCAGCUGCUGCUGCUGCUGCGGCUGCUGUGGCGGGCUGGGGGAUGCAGACAGCGCGCUGCUGUAUAAGUCUGUAUACUUGUCGGUGGCUGAAGUGUUUGUGGUGCUUGCCCAGGCGCUGCUGAGCUCGAAGCAGCAGCAGCAGCAGCAGCAGCAGCAGCAGCAGCAGGCAGCUGGUGCUGCUGGGGGCGCGGUCACUGACGCUGCUGCUGCUGCUGCUCUUUUCGAGGCCAUCGGGAGAGACUUGGAUGCUUUGCCAGCUUGGUGUGCGCCUCUUGUGCAGCGCAGCAGCAGCUGCAUGGGUGCAGCAGCAGCAGCAACAGCAGCUGCUGCCAGCAACAGCAGCAGCAGCAGCAGCAGCAGCGGUGGCAGCAGCCAUGCCCUCUGGGGGCCCCCGCUGCUGCCCUGCUGCUCCGCUACAGUGCCGCCGGACAAGGAGCUGCUGCUGAACAACGGGGUGGCUUUUUGCCUGCGGGUGCUGCAGCAGCAGCAGCAGCAGCAGCAGCAGCAGCAGCAGCGAAGGCACAGCUCGAGCCCCCGUCGCUACAGCCCUGGCACGAAGGCAGCGGACAGCAGCAGCAGCCACCAGCAGCAGCACGACGGGCAGCAGCAGCAGCAGCGGCAGCAGCACCUGGAAAGGUGCCUAGACACCCGAGCGCAGCAGCUGAUGGCAGCAGCUUACACAGCGCUGGGGUGUCUGUACACCUCAACUGGCAGGCGGACUCGCGCUCUCAUUCAUGCCAAACAGGGAGCAGCACUGUUUGCUGCUGUGGGGGACGCCAUUAGUGCUGCGCGCAUGCAGCUGCUGCUCAGCUGCAUGAAGCUGCACCCGCUGCUGCUGCCGGGCAAGCAGCAGCAGCUGCAGCAGCAGCAGCAGCAGUGCGAUCUAGACCCCGCGGCUAUUGCUGCUGCAGUUGCAUGCAGCAAAGGCCGCUGCGACCCGCAGCAGCAGGAACUACUGCAGCAGGAGCUGCAGCUGCUGCAGCGGCAAUUGGCGUCUCUAGAGUCAAUAGGGAACGAGCACGCAGCAGCAGCUGCAGCAGCAGCAGCAGAGGCGGAAGACGAGUUCUUUCAGCCGAAGCAGCAGCAGCAAGCUGCAGCAGCAGCAGCAGCAGCAGCGGCAGCAGCAGCAGCAGCAGCAAGACUUGCUGACGAAUGCCGGUGUCUAAUGGCAGCCUUGCAUUUGCGCUUAGCGGAGCAGGAGCUGCUGCACGCAGCAGCAGCAGCAGGAGCAGAAGCAGCAGAAGCAGCAGCAGCAGCUGCUGCUGCUGCUUCUAGGAUUACAACAGCAGCAUGGAGGCCCAGCGCUGCACCAUGCGAGACAGCAGAGCUUCUGGCUGUCGUGUCUGUGCUGCUGCUGAGCCGCACUAGCCUCAGCAGCAGCAGCAGCAGCAGCAGCAGCAGCAGCAGCAGCAGCAGCAUGCUGCAGCACGGCGUUGGAAGCAGCUGCUGCCUCAUAGAUAAGGACAGGCUGCAGCAAGCACAGCAGCACAUUGAGAAGGCGCUGCAGCUCUCUGCUGCGAAUCCCCACAAUGCGCUGCAGCAGCAGCAGCAGCAGCAGCAGAUGCUGCUGCUGCGUGAAGGUCUGCAUUGUCUAGCUGCUGCAGCUCUUGCAGCGUCAUUGGCGCUUCCUCUGUAUGAGGAAUUCCAGCAGCAGCAGCAGCAGCAGCAGAAGCAGCAGCAGCAGCAGCAGCGGCGCCACAGAGGGCGCUUGCUGCAGGUAGUCGGACGAAGGCUGGAGGAGGCGCAGCAGCAGCUGCAGCAGUGGCUUCUUGUUUGGGGCGGGCCUCACUGGCAGCAGCAGCAACACCAGCAGCAGCAGCAGCAGCAGCAGCAGCAGCAGCAGCAGCAGCAGCAGUAUACGCAGCAGCUCUUUGAGCGGGCCUACAGCUCCUUCGCCGGCUGCUGCUGCGCCUUAGGCGCAGUGAGAGCAGCCCAGGCAGGAAAGUGGAAAAUAUACCAGCAGCAGCAGCAGCAGCAGCAGCAGCAGCAGCAGCAGCAGCAGCAGCAGCAGCAAGCUUUGCAUGCUAUUCGGGCUAUUGCGGGGAUCGGCAUGCUGGUAGUACCUUUCCUAGCAAGCAGCAAGUGCAACAGCAGCAGCAGCAGCAGCAGCAGCAGCAGCAGCAGAACGUUGCUGCUGCAGCAAGACGCGGUUGCUGCUCGCGCUGCAGCGGACGAGGCAGUGACACAGGUUUUGCUGCCGCCAGCAGUGGCUGCUGCAGCAAGCUCGCUGUUGCUGCUGCUGCAUGCAUUUGUCGCAGCAGAUGGCAGAAUGAAAGCAGCUGGAGAGGGACGAGCAGCAGCAGCAGCAGCAGCAGCAGCAGCAGCAGCAGGACAAGUCACUCCGCGCCGCAGCAGCCUCAGCUCUGCUGCGGCCAGCAGCAUCCUCGCAGACCUGCAGCAGCAACUGCUGCUGCUGAACCCGGAAACAGCACGCAGCGCAGCAGCAGCAGCAGCAGCAGCAGCAGAUGCAGCAGAUGCCAGCUGUGCAGCAACGGGUUCCUUCAGCAAACGUUUGCUUCUUUUGCAGCAGCACCAGCGGCAGCAGCAGCAGCAGCAGCAGCAGCACCAGGCGCUGCUGCUGAAUGCAUGCUUCCAAUUGAUUUCUUGCGACGCAGACUCUGGGCAGGCUGCGCCAGAGUACUAG